AUGCAGGGCGUCGCCUUCGCCCAGCUCGGCGCCAGCGCGGCUCGCCCACAGGGUGCGCCGGCCCAGCGUGGCAUCCAGCGCCUGGCGUCCCGGCCUCACCAGGCACGCCUGGUCGCUCAGGCUCCCAGCCGGACGGCCUGCCGCGCCUCCACCCUGGAGCGCAAGGGUGCGCCCGGCUAUGAGCUGGACGCCAGCGCCAUGUUUUUCGAGGACGGGUCCCUGGACGAGGUGGACCCGGAGAUCGCCUCCAUCAUCCGCCAGGAGAAGCGGCGCCAGGUGACGGGCCUGGAGCUGAUCGCCAGCGAGAACUUCACCUCCCGCGCCGUCAUGGCGGCGGUGGGCUCCUGCAUGACCAACAAGUACAGCGAGGGUCUGCCCGGCGCGCGCUACUACGGUGGCAACGAGUUCAUCGACCAGGCCGAGUCGCUGUGCCAGUCGCGCGCGCUGGCGGCCUUCGGCCUGGACCCCGCAGAGUGGGGUGUGAACGUGCAGCCCCACUCCGGCUCCCCUGCCAACUUUGCGGUGUACACCGCCCUGCUCAAGCCCCACGACCGCAUCAUGGGCCUGGACCUGCCCCACGGCGGCCACCUGACGCACGGCUUCUGGACGGCCAAGCGCCGCGUCAGCGCCACCAGCGUCUACUUCGAGUCCAUGCCCUACCGUCUGGACGAGGCCACGGGGCUGGUGGACUACGAGGCCCUGGCGCGCAGCGCCGCCCUCUUCCGCCCGCGCCUGAUAAUCGCUGGCGCCUCGGCCUACUCCCGCGACUUCGACUACGCCCGCAUGCGCGGCAUCGCCGACGCGUCGGGGGCCUACCUCAUGGCCGACAUGGCCCACAUCUCGGGCCUGGUGGCCGCGGGGGUGGUCGCCUCGCCCUUCCACCACGCCGACGUGGUGACCACCACCAGCCACAAGAGCCUGCGCGGCCCGCGCGGCGGCCUCAUCUUCUUCCGCAAGGCCCUGGAGGCGGCCAUCAACCAGGCCGUGUUCCCAGGCAUCCAGGGCGGGCCACACAACCACACCAUCUCGGGGCUCGCCGUGGCCCUGAAGCAGGCCGCCAGCCCCGAGUUCCGCGCCUACCAGCAGCAGGUGGUCGCCAACGCGCGGGCCCUGGCAGCCAGGCUGCAGAAGCUGGGGUACACGCUGGUCUCCGGCGGCACCGACAACCACCUGCUCCUGGUGGACCUGAAGCCGGCGGGCAUCGACGGCGCGCGCGCGCAGCACGUGCUGGAUGCCGUCCACAUCACGUUGAACAAGAACAGCGUGCCCGGCGACCGCUCCGCGGUCAUCCCCGGCGGCGUGCGCAUCGGGUCGCCCGCACUGACCACGCGCGGCCUGCGCGAGACCGAUUUUGAGCGCGUGGGCGACAUGUUCCACGCCGCCAUCGGCAUCGCGCGCGACCUGGCCGCCUCCACGCCGGGCGAGGGCAAGCUGCGCGACUUCGUGGCACACCUGGAGGCGCAGCGCGGCCAGCGUGCUGACCUGGCCGCGCUGGCGGCCGAGGUCGAGGAGUUCGCGUCGGCCUUCCCCAUGCCCGGCGUCCCGGGCGGACUCUGA